AUGGAUAAGAAUAGUCAACCAGAUAUGGAAUUAUCUCCAUACAAUUCAUCUUUAUCCGAAGUAACUAAUGAAACUAUUGAAAGUGAAUAUGAACCAAAUCCAGUGAAGAGAUUUGUUAACACUUUUAAACCUUAUGAUUACUCAAAGAUAGAUUUCUUAUUCUAUCAAGACGACGAAGAAGCUGAUUUGUCUCCACAAGGAUCUCAUUCGAUAAUUGAAAAUGAUCUUCAACCUACAAGGACAAAGAAAAAGAAGAAGCUCCAUCCUCAAUUCGAUUAUUCGAGGUUGACAGAAUUAGAAAGAGCUGCUAUUGUUACAUCAACUUCUCCUUUAUCAAGAACAUUGAAAUCUAGACAUUUACAGAUGAUUGCUUUAGGAGGUUCAAUUGGUACAGGUUUAUUCGUUGGUUUAGGAAGUGCUUUAGCAGCUGCUGGUCCUUUUGGAUUAUUAAUUAUCUGGAUAAUUAUUGGUUCAUCAAUUUUCGUAACUGCUUCUGCCUUAUCUGAAUUAGCUGUUGCAUUCCCAAUCUCUGGUGCUUUCGUUACUUUUAAUACCUUAUUUAUUGAUUCAUCAUGGGGUUUCGCCAUGGCUUGGAAUUAUGCUUUACAAUGGUUAGUAACAUUUCCCUUAGAAUUGGUUGCGGCUUCCAUUACCAUUAAUUACUGGGACGCUUCAGUCCCUCCUGAAGCGUUUGUUGCCAUCUUUUGGUUAAUCAUUUGUGGUAUCAACAUUUUCGGGGUUAAAGGUUAUGGUGAAGCAGAAGUUAUUUUCUCUUUGAUUAAAAUCAUAGCCAUUUUAGGAUUUUUAAUCUUGAGUGUGGUUAUCGUUAGUGGUGGUGCCCCACCUAGGAAAGAAUUCAUUGGAGGUAAAUACUGGCAUGCACCUGAAGGGGGAAUGUUCAAUACUGUAGAACCCUUCAAAAACAUGUGUUCAGUUAUUUUCACUGCUGCUUUUUCCUUCGCUGGGGUUGAAUUAUUCGGUUUAGCUGCUGCUGAAUCGGCUAAUCCUAAAAAAUCCAUUCCAAAAGCAAGAAAGCAAGUUUUCUGGAGAUUGUUUUUCUUCUAUAUUGCUUCUGUCAUCAUGAUCGGAUUGUUAGUUAGUUAUAAGUCGCCUGAAUUAUUGGGACAAACCAGUACUAAUGAAGAGGUCAAAGAAAAAGGGAUUGAUGUCAACACUUCUCCAUUCGUCAUUGCCGUUAAACAAGCUGAAAUUCCUGUCGUGCCAUCAAUCUUGAAUGCUGUUAUCAUUAUCACUGUGUUAUCAGUCGGUAACUCAUCAGUUUAUGGAUCUUCUCGUACUUUAGCUGCUUUAGGUGCUUUAAAGCAAGGUCCCUCAAUUUUAAAUUAUAUCGAUAGAAAUGGUAGACCAAUGGUUGCCUUAUGUGUUCAAUUUGCUAUUGGAUUGUUAUCAUUCUUAGUUGCUUUACCUGGUGAUAAAACCACUCAAGUCUUUGAUUGGUUAUUGGCUAUUUCAGGAUUAUGUUCGCUUUUCACUUGGUGGUCAAUUUGUUUGUCCCAUAUCAGAUUCAGAGCUGCUUUCAAUCAUCAAAAUAGAGUUCCAGAAGACGAAUUGGUAUUUACCGCUAAUAUCUACGGUUCAUACUACGGAUGUGUAUUUUUGAUUAUAAUCUUAGGAUUACAAUUCUGGGCAGCUUUGUUCCCUCCUGGUGAAGGUGCUGCUGAUGUUGUUGGAUUCUUUAAAGUCUAUUUAGGUGGAGCUAUUGUGCUUGUAUUUUAUGUUGGUCAUAAGUUUUAUGCUUACUUUUUUAUGGGAAUCCCACUUUUCAAAUUCUAUUUGAAAGCUAGCGAAAUCGAUAUUGAUACCGGUAGAAGACAAGUUGACAUCGAAGCUUUGAAACAAGAAAUUGCUGAAGAAAGAUUGGCAUAUAAUCAAAGAAGUUGGUAUUAUAAAGUUUUCGAUAUUAUGUGUUAG